AUGUGGCUGUGUAUUCUCUUUCCUGUUGUCUUUGGCUGUGUAUCUGUGUCUGCUCUUUCUGCAUCAAGAGCCUUGCUGUUGCCAAGGCAGAGGCCUCACUUUAACCGUCCUGGGGAUGUAAUGGUAGGGGGCAGCUUCUCCAUCUUUGAUCUCUCUAGUGGAACCCUGUCUGACUUCACUGUCCCACCAUCUGGACUGCUGGUUUCAGAUGUUUCCAGGUGGGGCUACCGGGUGGCCCAGAGUUUCGUCUUUGCCAUCGAGGAGAUCAAUAGGAGUGCUCACUUGUUGCCCAAUUUGACUCUGGGCUUCUCCAUUCGAAACUCUGGGGACUCAGUGAAUGGAGCCCUCUACGAGACGAUGAGCUUUCUCACGAGGCAGGAGGAGCCCAUCCCCAACUACACAUGCCAACAUGGCUCUCUUCAGGCUGCUCUGGUUGGAGACACACGGUCAUCCCUGUCUGUCUCCAUGGCCAGACUUCUGGGGCUGUACAAAUUUCCCCAGGUCAGUUAUGGAUCCUCACUACCCAGCCUCAGUGACAAGAUCCAGUUCCCAUCUUUCCUUCGAACCCUGACUAGUGACCUCACAUCUUGCCGUGCAAUGAUCCAGCUGAUCAUUCACUUUCAGUGGUCCUGGGUGAUCAUUCUGGCCCAUGAUGAUGACUUUGGGCAGCAGGCCAGCUCUCUGGCCAUUCAGGAGCUGAAUGCAGCUGGUGUGUGCAUUGAGUUUACUCUCCAUGUCCCUUCCCAUGAGUCCAUGGGGAAGAUUGGAGAGAUUGUCCAGAAGAUGCAGAAAUGCACAGCCAGGGUUGUUCUGGUUUUCCUAAGCAAUACGAAUUUCCAGGCCAUUUUGCAUGGCUUACAGGACGCCUCUGUCUCAGGGCAAGUCUGGGUCAGCAAGGAAACUAUGCACAUGGCAGUUGCCCUGUCUAUUCCAGGCAUUUCCCAGGUAUUGGACAGCACAUUUGGCCUUCUGCCUCACAGAAGCAGGGCAAUUGGCUUCCCAGAGUUUCUUGCUAACCUGCGCCCCAGCCGGACCCCAGAAGACAUGUUUAUAAAGAAGUUUUGGGAGAUCACCUUUAAUUGCACAUGGCCCCACCAGAGCAGCACAGUGACAGAGGGUGUCCAGCUGUGCUCAGGGAAUGAGAGUCUGAUAAACAAGCAGUACCCUUUCCCAGAAAUGAGUAAAAUUGAUGCUGCUUACACAGCUGUCUACAGCGUUGCCCAUGCCCUGCAAGACAUGAUAACCAGUGGACAGCAGGAUGGGAAAAGUACAGACUCCCAGGACUUCCAGCCCUGGCAGCUGCUUCAAGCUCUUAAGAAUGUGCACUUCAAGACUCCUGAUGGAAAUAAAAUUAUAUAUGAUGCCAAUGGAGAUUUGGUGACCAAAUUUGACAUAUUACAAGGACAGAAGUCCCCCGAGGGUGUAUUUCGCUUUGUCCAUGUAGGAAUGAUAGACCCUCAGGUCUCUUCGGGGAACAAAAUGAUGGUCCAUUUGAAGGAGGAAAUCCAAGUGCCCACCUCUGUCUGCAGUGAAAGCUGCCUUCCAGGGUUCAGCCAAGUGCCCAGGCUGGGAGCACCCCAAUGCUGUUUUGAUUGCAGUCUAUGCCCAGAGGGACAUUUUGCAGACAAAAAAGACAUGAAGAGAUGUCUCCUGUGCCCCAAGGAGCAGUACUCGAGCCACGCCAGAGACCGCUGCCUGCCCAGGACAGAGAUCUUCCUGGCCUUUGAGGAACCUCUGGGAUUCAUGCUGGCUUUGGUGGCACUCUUCCUGGCUGGUCUGGCUGUCCUGGUUCUGGGAGUGUUCCUGAAGCACAGGGACACCCCCGUGGUGAGGGCCAACAACAGAACCCUCAGCUACUUCCUGCUGAUCUCCCUUUCCCUCUGUGCCCUGUGUGCCUUGCUGUUCCUUGGCCGCCCCAGUGUCCCCACAUGCCUCCUGCGUCAGACGACCUUUGCUGUGGUGUUCACGGUGGCCGUCUCCUCUGUUCUGGCCAAGACUCUCACAGUGGUCCUGGCCUUCAGGGUCACCAGGCCAGGGGGCAGGAUCCAGGUGUGCCUGAGCCCUGGGGCUUCCACCUCAGUGGUCCUCAUUGCUUCCUUCAUGCAGGUUGUUCUUUGUGGGGUCUGGCUGGCCACCUCCCCACCAUUCCCAGACAGGGAUAUGGUCUCGGAGCCCCAGCACAUUGUCAUCCAGUGCCAGGAGGGCUCUGGCACCAUCUUCUUCUGUGCGCUGGGCUACUUGGGGUUCCUGGCGGGGGGUACCUUCUCUGUGGCUUUUCUGGCCAGGGGCCUGCCAGAUGUCUUCAACGAGACUAAGUUCCUGGCCUUCAGCAUGCUGCUCUUCUGCAGUGUCUGGACAGCAUUCCUGCCCCUGUACCAUAGUGCCCGUGGCAAGUCCACUGUGGCUGUAGAGAUCUUCUCCAUCCUGGCCUCCACAGCUGGCCUUCUGGGUGGCAUCUUCAUUCCCAAGUGCUACAUCAUCUUGCUGAGACCAGAGAGGAACACGCCUGCCUGGCUAAGACAAGGCCACCAGGCACAGCAGGAUAGGCAGAGUGAGAUGCUCCAGAGAAGGUGUUUUUCCAGAUCCACAUCACCCACCUUGAUGAUCUAG